AUGGCUGAAAGGUUGCUAAUAAGAGCACUGAAGGGUGGUGAAAGCACUAAGAUCAUUACCUUGAACGGGAAGAAGUUGACUAAGAUGCCCUGUGCGUUAGAAAAACUGCCAGGACUGAGGACUCUACACCUUCAGAAUAACCUAAUCUCCAAAGUGUGCUCAGAGGUACACAACUUGACCCAGCUGACAACACUAAAUCUGGGAAACAACCUUUUAGAAGAAGUUCCAGAAGAGAUGAAGUACCUUACCUCCCUGAAGAAGCUCCAUUUGUUUGGAAAUAGAAUUAAGAGAUUUGCACCUGGAGCAUGUGAUGGCUUACAAAAUUUGACCCUGCUUAAUCUGAAUAAUAAUCAGCUCACAUGGAUUCCUGAAGAUAUCAGCAGAUUAAAAAAUCUUACAUAUUUGAGUAUAAAUUAUAACCAGCUAUCCAGUAUUCCUAGAGAACUUUGUUUUCUUAUGAAACUUUCUGAACUUCAACUUAACUACAAUCAGCUCAUUUGCAUACCUGAAGAAAUUAAGUUCAUGAAGAUGCUCCAGAAGCUUUUUUUGGUCAGGAACAGCAUUGAAGUUUUGCCAGAGGGAUUUUGUGAUCUUACAAACCUAAGAGUCCUUAAUAUAGCUGGAAAUAUUAUUCAGAUAUUUCCACAAGGAUUUCAGGAUAUGAAUCUGAGGGAAUUCUACUGUGAGGAAAACCCACUGUUCCUGAAGCAGCCUGUCAGGGCUGUGAUAAAGCAGGAUGUCUGGAGUCUGCAGGAAAUAACAUCAAGAUUUAUAAUGAACCAGCUAGCAGAAAAUAAUCCUUUCCUAAUGCAAGCCAUAGAAGAGCACCCAGAGGUCAGGAACACAAUCUCUAAGGGAAGAGAAUGCUCAAUAUGUGGAAAGUUAUUUUUAACCACUUGGAUGGAAUGUGUUGAAUUUGUUUCUCCAUCAAAGAACUGGAAGAUAAACAGAAAUCUACAGCAGAUACCCCUUCGAGUAUUAAUUUGUUCUUUCAACUGUUUUAAUCGACGUGACAGUAACUUGUUUGGAAUUGCCAAAGUUCAGAGUAUGUGAGAUGCUCCUGAAGAGUCUCACACGACUUGCUCUGUGCUCUCUGCACAUGCAGUCACAUUGGGCCCUAGUUAUGAUAUCAUGCCUUGUCUCCUCUCUUUGUCUAUACAUUAAGCAAAGGAGGAAAAAUAAUUACACAUAAACAUCCCAACUGAAGCCUUAUAGCCUGCCUCGAUUGUUGAGACUCUUGGUGUGCUGUUUCUUCUC